AUGCCCGACAUGAAGGAUCAAGCGCCGCGCGGUAGUCAGCAGGGCAGCAAGGCUGUGGCGCCAGCUAGGGAUCCCGUCGUGCAGAGUCGGCCGCAGGGGCGACAGACGGCCGUCACGAACGAGGGCGGCAGGAACAAGCGGUGCGAGGAGCAGGAGGGGCCGGUGCCCACGGGGCCCGUCGUGCAGAGUCGGCCGCAGGGGCGACAGACGCCCGUCACGAACGAGGGCGUCAGGAACAAGCGGUGCGAGGAGCAGGAGGGGCCGGUGCCCACGGGGCCCGUCGUGCAGAGUCGGCCGCAGGGGCGACAGACGCCCGUCACAAAAGAGGCUUUCGGCGGUGGUGUGAGAGAUGGCGUAGACGCUCGGGAGGCCGCAGAUCGUGAUCCACUUACCACGACUUGUGCGCCGGAACUGACUCCAACACCAAUCGCCGCAACUUGUUCCGCCACGGAGACGGCGAAAAGGCGCGUUGCGGAUCUCAGGAAGGCAUGCCCGUUUCUUUCGCUGGAGCCUUCUUUAGGGAUCUUCCUUGAGGACCUCAAUCUCGCUGAUCCGCGCCUGGACGCCGCCAUGAACCGUAUGCGCGCCGUGCGUGGCAAUGCCUCGGUGAUGCGGGACUACCGCUCGAUUGCGCUGGUUGAAGACUCCGUCAGUGCCGUGGUCGAGUCUGUUGCCGCGGAAUUGUCCAGGGCAACGUCGCGAAUGCUGUUGCGCUACCCGUUUCUUGACGGCCGCGUGCGAGGGGUGCUGCUUGGGAACAUUCACAGCCUGGACACAGACGAGGACAUUCAAUCGCUGCUUAUGAUACGCCGCGACGCGGAGCGGGCGCGGAGGCCGACGGAGAGCAUCGACACUUGCCUGCGCGAGCGUGCGGCGGCGCUGGUGGCUGACAUUCCGUACGUCGUGGAGGAGGAGCGCUGCCGGCAGCACCCGUUCGUGCUCACCGCGCCGCCUGCUUCCUUCGCUUCCUCCCGCCUCCCAUGCGAGGCGGCGGUUUACGGCGAUCGCGGCGGCAGUCAGUUGACGAAGCAGGCGGAGGUACUUGCGCCGACCCCGCCAGAGCCGCCCGCCGCGAAGGUGUCUGAUGCGCCACCGCAGACGGGAGCCGCUUCAAGGGACGCGACUGCGGUGCAGGCAGCGGCGGGGGGUGGCGCCACUACGCCUCCCCGCGCACCAACCGCCGUGCCGGCGGCGGCGGAAGCCAAAGCCCCAUCCCCGUCCGACAGCCCCUCUGAGAAGACGCUGCCGCACGCUUCAUGGCUUGCCAAGGAAACUGCAGGGGCUGGCGCCGCGGCGCGCUCCCCGGUGGUGGGAAAAAUAAACGAGGAGGAGUACAAUCUCCCGACAACGCGGCUUCCUCCGACUAACCUCCCUUCGCUGGCGGGAAAACCGUGCAGGGCGAACGAACCAAUGCCGCCAGCUGCAUCUAAACCGUCUGCUUUUCCGGCUGUACAGGAGGCAAGGGAUAAUGCUGCGACAACUGUGCCUAGCCCGGGUAUGCCACGGUUGCCUUCGCCCGCAGGGGAGAAGCAGGGUGUGACGGAAGUUGCACGUAAGUCACCUUGCCCUGUCGCUGCACCCAACAACGUGGGGCUGGCAGCCGCGCCUUCUGCCGAAUCUCAGCCGGCCCCCCCUGAGGACUUAAACUUUCUUGCUGUGCAUCGCGAGCUGGAGCAUGAGCGCCAAAAACUGGAGAUGCUGGAAGCGAUUCUUGGGGAGGUCCGUCACGCGGGCAUGGGGUUGCUUGGGGGCGAGUCCCCGCCAACGGGGGAGGACGUCAGCCAAACGCCACCGGAGGAAGUGAGGAAGCUGACGCUGACGGAGGGUGUGCAGCAGGCGGUGAUGAAGUCGUCGCACACGGGGCUGUUGCCGAAGACUCCCUCGCCCUUUUUAAUGGCGUCCAACCCACCGGCCGAGGGAGGCGGGUGGUUGUGCCCUUCAGCUACGCAGCCUGCCGCCGCAAGGCGGAACUCUGCCUCAUUGGGACUUUCAUUCGAGCAGCGCCAGCCCGGGCAGACGACUCGCGGGCAGGGCAGCAACGGAGGAAAUGAGCUGCUCGUUAAGCUUCUUGAGGAGCGGCGGCGACAGGCCGGGGCGAAGCCCGCGCGAGAACGGGGCGCGGCGGAACCUCGCCCCGGCGAAGCGAAGCACUCUUCGGCGAACUCCUUGCCGAUGUGUUACAAGUCCCUGUCGGACGCGGUCGUGAGGUCCUCGUGGGGAGACUUGCGGAGCGACACCGCCAGCGACUGGCCAGGGGUGUUGCCGUCGCUUGCACGGGUGCUGUCGCAGGAUGGCGGCAGCAAACAGCAGCCGUCGUACGACUAUAAGCGGCGGCCGUGGGGGCGCUACACGCUUCGGCGAGACGCUCCAGCAGGCGCGACGGUGCAGCGGCGCCUCUCAAGCGCGCCGGGAAACUCACGCCGCGACGACGAGAGCCACAUGCUCUUCCCCGCGAUCAGCUCGUGUUCUUCCUCAGGCCACUUCCAGCGCUUGGAGGAGGAUGCCGAGUGGGAAAAGGUUUCCAACGCCAACAUGGGGCUGAGCCAGAAGUACGCGUGGCUGUGCCGGCAGGCAGGGAUUAAGCCGAACAGCGUGUUGCUGCGUGCACUCCCUGAGGAACGGGGCGCCUCCGUGAGCCGCAUUGACAGCUCCGUGAACUACAUCGGCCCCAGGGGCAUCAUGCCCCUCCUGAAGGUCCUGCAGAGCAACGUUGGUCUGGAGUACCUUAACCUCAGUCGCAAUAACCUGGAGAAUGACGAGGUGAUCGAACUCGUGAAGCUACUCAUGACGGAGAGCGGGGCGGCCUUGCAAUUUCUAGAUCUCUCCAACAAUCCCAUUUCCCUUGCGGGGGGCGCGGCGCUUCUGCGCCUUGUGCAGGCGAGACCCGCCCUGCACUCUGUCCGGCUGCGGGGAACGCUGGUGCCGCAGCAGGUGAGCCGCAGCAUACAAGAAGUCUGUGACUCCAAUCACAGCGGCGCGUCCUAA